AUGGCUACUACCGUGGACAAAAUCAAGGAGAUCGAGGCCGAAAUGGCUCGGACCCAGAAGAACAAGGCCACUUCUUUUCAUCUGGGCCAGCUCAAGGCCAAGUUGGCCAAACUGAAGAGGGAGCUCUUGACGCCGUCAUCCUCUGGCGGUGGUGGUGGCAGUGGAUUUGAUGUUGCCAGAACUGGUGUUGCAUCCGUCGGCUUUAUUGGGUUCCCUUCGGUGGGAAAGUCCACCUUGAUGAGCCGCUUGACAGGCCAACACUCUGAAGCCGCUGCAUACGAGUUCACCACCCUCACUACCGUCCCCGGCCAAGUCCUGUACAAUGGUGCCGCCAUUCAGAUGCUGGAUCUGCCUGGUAUCAUUCAGGGUGCAAAAGACGGCAAGGGUCGUGGCCGUCAAGUCAUUGCCGUCGCCAAAACUUGCCACCUGAUUUUCAUUGUCCUCGAUGUGAACAAACCGCUGACGGACAAGCGGGUCAUUGAGGCGGAGCUGGAGGGGUUUGGCAUCCGCAUCAACAAGGAACCCCCCAACAUCGUUUUCAAGAAGAAGGACAAAGGCGGGUUGAAUAUCACGAGCACAGUUCCCCUGACACAUAUCGACCAUGACGAAAUCAAAGCCGUCAUGAAUGAGUAUCGGAUUUCGUCGGCCGAUAUUGCCAUCCGUUGCGACGCCACGAUUGACGAUUUGAUUGAUGUCUUAGAAGCCAAGAGCAGGAGUUACAUUCCCGUAAUAUACGCCCUCAACAAAAUCGAUUCGAUAACCAUCGAGGAAUUGGAUCUGCUCUACCGCAUCCCGAACGCCGUUCCCAUCAGUUCCGAGCACGGGUGGAACAUUGACGAGCUCCUGGAACAGAUGUGGGAAAAGCUGCAAUUAAAACGUAUCUACACAAAACCAAAAGGGAAACAGCCCGAUUACAGUGCCCCGGUCGUAUUGAGAAAGAAUGCUUCAACGGUGGAAGACUUUUGCAAUGCCAUCCACAAGACGAUUGUAGAGCAAUUCAAGCAUGCGAUUGUAUAUGGGAGAUCGGUCAAGCACCAACCCCAACGGGUAGGACUUGCGCAUGAACUGGCCGACGAAGAUAUCAAGAGUCAAGAUUCGCAACAUACUGGCUAUGGCCAAAAUGGUUGGAUAGGUGUUCCCAAUAACCUGCCAAAUGGCAUUCCAAAUGGUUAUUCCACCAGCCCUCAAACGACGAUCUCGCCAAUGCAGGAAUUCCCGCAAUUUGAGUACCACCACCAACACCAACAUAACACGCCGAUGCCUAUGGAGCCGGCUUACCCUAUACAACGACCUUCGCCAUUUGCAUCUUCGCAUGCACCGAUGCCACCGCCCCUCGUUAUGCCGAACAACGUUUUGUGGCCAAGUAUGCUGGCUAGUCAACCCCAGGGAUCCUACCAGCCGUCAAUUUUGCCUGCUGCACCAAUGCAGACUCCAUUGUCUGCAGGGUCAACAUCUGAUAUGACACCAACCAGUGCCAAGACGAACACGUCUCGUCGCAAGUUGACGGACGAGGAACGUCGUCAAAUGUGCAUUGAGGCCGAGCAGAACCCGACCAUGAAGCAGACCCAGAUUGGAGCAAAGUUCAACGUGGAGAGGAGCACGGUGUCGAAGAUUCUGCGACAGCGGGACAAGUACAUGAAUCCGCAGUCCAAAGAGGAGAGUGUCAGCCCGAUUAAAAAGAACAAGGCCAAACUACCGGACUUUGAGAAGACCCUGACCAACUGGGUCAAAAAUCAGCAGAAGAAGGGCCUCCCCAUCACGGAUGAAGAUCUUCGAAAGCAGGCGCAGGUCUUCUCAUUCAGCAGAAGUGACCAAGCGGUGGUCUCUAGUGCCGACUGGCUGGAGAAGUUCAAACGCAAGAAUCGGCUCAACGCGCUCAAGGCCGAUCCGGAUUCGACCUUUGGGGAUUCCAGCUCGACUUCACUGUCACACACGCCUCAUGACGGCUCACCCGCAUCGUCCAAUGGUCUUGUAUCUCCUCCGAUGUCAGCAAUUGAGGAGCAGAUCGAAGAACCCUCGGUCAAGAUCGAGACCAACAACGAGUUCUUCGACUUUGGGGAUGGGAAAUCAACGUACACACCUCAACCCAGGCUUGAUCGUGAGGCGACAUCAGAGUCCGUCAUUUCCCCAAUGUCCGUGGAAAUGGCACGCAGUGACCAAGAUGGAAUCGACAUGCUCGAAGAGGCGGAUGAUACAAUGGGGUCAUCUAACCGUCAGAGAAGCCAGACAUACUCUCACGCACCGAAUUCAGGCACAGCCUCGCGCCCAUCCUCAUCGGGUCACAACCGACCCUCACUCCCUGUACGCUCUCUGACAGCAGCCACAGUGACAGUGACGACAGCAGAGCAACGACCUACCGCCAUUGACCCUCGGCAGAUGAUGAAACGUCACAAGAGCGUGCCCGACAUCCACUACCCUGAACAGGUGCGCUUUUCAGCCAUGCAUCCUCCACCAUUGCCACGAUCCGCCGAUGCUUCACCCAUAAGCAAUCCGGUCACACCAGCGGAAGAGGAUAUCAUUCGAGCGUUGCACGCCACCAAAACAUUGCUGGAACAGAACCCAGCUGUAGCAGAGCCGGACGAUUACCUGGCGAUUGGCAAACUGAUACAGAAGAUAAAAGCCCUCCGACCAACAGCACCGAUACUGCCAGGAGGGAUGCACCCAAUCGAUAUCAUGGAUAGUCCUCGCAUCUCCAAAAAGAGGACCAUUCUCGGCAUCUCGACCUAA